AUGGCUUUGUUCAUUGUGCUGGCUACCCUUUCAACUCGAGGAGCUGAGUCUAGGUCAAUUGACGAACAAUCCAUGGUCUCGAGGCACCAGGAUUGGAUCAUGCAGCAUGAUCGUGUGUAUUCGAAUGAUGUCGAGAGGCUAGAGCGAUUCAACAUUUUCAAAGAGAAUGUUGCUUAUAUCGAUUCGUUCAAUGCAGCUGGGAACAAAACUUAUAAGCUUGCAAUCAAUAAAUUUGCAGACCUCACGAACGACGAGUUCAAUAAGAGGAACGGAUUCUUGUUGUCGAAUAAUCGUGUCAGAGAUUCUAAAGUGAUGAAUUCUUCGUUCAUGUAUGAAAAUGCAUCAUUUAUGCCAACUGAAGUUGAUUGGAGAAAAAAAGGUGCUGUUACACCCGUCAAGAGACAAGGAAAUUGCGGAUGUUGUUGGGCAUUCUCUGCUGUUGCUGCAAUUGAAGGAAUCACACAAAUAAAAACAGGAAAUCUAAUCAACCUAUCAGAACAAGAACUAGUCGAUUGCGACAUAUACGGACCCGAUAAAGGCUGCGGCGGCGGAUUAAUGAGCCAUGCAUUCGAAUUCGCCAUCAAUAACGGUGGAUUAACAAGCGAAUCAAAUUAUCCAUAUCAAGGAACCGACCAAGACACAUGCAAACAAAAUUUGAUAACAAACAAUGUAGCAACAAUAACCGGAUACGAAAAUGUUCCACCCAACAGCGAAAGCGCCUUGCAACAAGCGGUGUCGUAUCAACCAGUUUCUGUAGCUAUCGAUGCGGAUGGAUCUGAAUUUCGAUUCUACAGCGGUGGUGUUUACACAGGGGAAUCUUGUAGUACGAAUUUGAACCAUGGAGUUACGGUUGUUGGAUAUGGAGUUACGGAAGAAGAUGGAACUAAAUAUUGGUUGGUGAAAAAUUCAUGGGGAGAUAAUUGGGGUGAAGAAGGUUAUGUUAGAAUGGCUCGUGAUGUUGAGGCUCAAGAAGGAACUUGUGGAAUUGCAAUGAAUGCUGCUUAUCCUACUAUUGCUUAA